AUGGUGAAAGAGAAUGUAACAAGUAAAGCUAAAAAGAAAGGAAAGAAAUGGGAGAAUGUGACAAGUAAAGGUAAUUUAACUAUUCCAAGCAAGGUGGAUCUGAUAGGUGUGGUAUAUCUAGACUUGCAGAAGGCAUUUGACAAGGUGCAACAUGAAAGACUGAUCCAGAAAUUAGAUUCCAGUGGUUUAAGGUUUCAGACAAGGGUUAAUGCAGUGGAAGAGGAGAAGGGAAAGUUCCAACUUAGCACAGAGGCAAAAGAAAGAGAAAUCAAUGGACUGAAGGAGGAAUUGAAAGGACUGCAGGAACAAAAGGUGCACUUGCAGACUGUUGCUAAGGAUAAUCAGCUCAGUCAACUGAGUGAAGUGGAGAAACGUUUUGCAGCAAUAAGUCGCCAGUGUGGGUUGGUCAAGCAGGCUCAUGAGAAACUAGAACAGAAUGUGGAUGAAGCAGCAAGAUUGAAUAAGAAGCUUAUGACAGCGAAUAAACAUCAGGAGAACAUCAUACAUGACCUGAAACAGGAACUGGAGAAAGUAACUGCAAACUUGAUAAGAUCCAAGGUCACUUCUCAGUGCAAACUGGGAGAAGAAAAUAUCCAAGUUACAGAACAGCAGCAGCAACUACAAGAACUGAAGCAGAAAUUGCUGAUGAAAACAGAGUUAAACAAGAGGCUAUCUAGAGAUGUUCUGGCUUUUCAAGAAGACAAAAAGAUUCUGGAAAAGGAUAAUGAGCUACUCCGGGAGAAGGCAAAAGAAAAUGAAGAUAAAUUUCAGAUUCUUGAGAGGGAAAAUGAAAAGUCUACAGCUCAGUGGAAAAAGGAGGAGGCUCGAUUAAAUGAAGAAAAUCUCCUAAUAAAAUCUGAGUUAGAAUCGUUUAAAAAGGCUCAUGCUGAGUGUCAAAAGAUGCAAAGAAAACUAUCAGCGCAGAAUAUACAACAAGGACAGAAAAUACAGAGAUUAGAGAAUAACUUAAAACAUUUUGAACAGCAUACAGUACAGGAAACAGCGGGAGAGCAGAAUUGUGUGAGCGAGGCCUUAAUAGUUAAUGACGAUAAGAUUAAACAAGCAGGAGUGCACAACAGCAUAGAAGAGGAAAUAAAAGAAUCCAGUGAGAGAGAUGACACGAAGCAAGAGAUUAGUAUUCAUGGUGAAGAAGGAAUGAUUAAUACAGAUAACAUAGUUACGAACAGUGAUAUAUGGUCACCAGAUACUGCCAAGCCAACUGCAGAAAUGCCAGAAAAAGCAACUGAUAACAGAGCUCUGUUUGUGAAUGAAAGACCGUACACCAGUGUAUCCACUCUGACCGUUAAUGCUGGUGAGCCCAAUGACACUCAGCAGGGUGAAACAGGAAACACUCGUAAUGACGCUGAGUUGGCGAGUGCAAAAAUCAAGUUGCAGUGCACUUCUGUCUGUUUGGCAGAAGUCCCAAUAGAAGGAGGAAAGAAGCUCCCAGACAGUGCUGAUGCAUUAGGUGUCUGCAGUGCAGAUGUAGGUCAGCAGACAGACUCCAACACACACAAAUUCAAUGGAGGCAGAACUGAAGCAGUUUAUGAUAUGAAUGAUAAGACUAAAACCACACAAUAUGACAAAGGUGUCUUUAUAAAUGAAUCACCUAGGACUGAAGCCAGAGCAGCUGCUUGUACCACUGAGAUUAUAACAAAGGAAGGCGAUGCAAAUGAAGCACAAAAGGAUACUGUUCAAACUGAGCAAAGUAUUUUUGACCUUGUCUGUCAACCAGUACUUGAAAUUAAAAAUGAGCAGAAAUCCAGUUUACAACAGCAGCAUGAACACAGCCAAGCAGAUAUUCCGAUGGAAGAAAACUGUGUAAUUGAACUUUGUCAAUUCCACAAACCCUGCAGUAAAUCAGAUGUCAGUCCUAUAAAACUACCCAUUGACCACUGCAUUCCAUCAAUUGUGCCCUGUAAAAUUAACAGUAGUGUUGAUGUCGGCGGUAAAUCCAAGUCAGGAAAUCUCAGGUAUGACAACCAUGAGGAAGAUACUAUCAAGGAAGUCAGUAGUAAUGCACAAAACAACCUUGUUAGUACUGAAGAUCAGCAGAAAGAACCACUUAGCCUGGAAACCAUCAUUUCUGACGGUGGAGCAGUUCAAGAUAUUCAGGUAACUGUGUCCAAUGCUGAAGCUUUGGGAAACCAGAAACAGUUGCUAGGUAACUUAGCACAAAGCAAUGACUGUUUGAUUAUGACAAGUAUCCAUUCACCAAACUUCAUAGGUAAUGCUGACCAUAGUAUGGUUUUAGCCCCAAUCUCCCAAAGUACAGAGGAAACUAACAGCAAUGUGAAUGGUUUGGAACCCACUGUGGAAAAUCAGCAAACAGUAAUUAGUAAAAUGGAUUUGCAUGCUGAAGUACUAGAAACAACAGGUAUUUCCAAGAUUACAGAAAAUAAAUUAAAGUUCAGCUUCACAAGUCCUUCAGUUAAUCCGGUUGCAACCAUUGCUCUAGAUCACCAGAAUAAAACAUCAACUUCUCAGAUAGACUGCACAAACACCAAAGCUCCAAGUCAAAGUGACUUGAAAUUUUGUGAACUGCCUUUUUUAGAUUCUGAGAAAGAAAAUGAUAUAUCGAACAAAGCUGCAACAUCACUCUCAGUUUCAUUGUGGAGAGACGAAUCAGAUGCUCCUGUUGCAAGCAGAAGAACCCCUUCAGCAUUUACUUUUCCAAGACAAAUCGGUGAAAUAAGUUUGAGAAAUUCUGGUGCAGCAGAUUCUCCGAGUACUAAAAGGCUGAAUGACACUUUUAAUACCUCCAGUAUUCCUCUUUACCCCAAGAGAAAUUCUGAUGAGGAGUGGAACACAAUAGCACAGACAUAUUCUGAUUUUUCACAGCGUACAGAUCGGGAAAGACCAUGUUCAUCCUCCAGCAAAGGUUUCAAGAUUCCUUUUUCAUUUGCUUCAAUGAAACAUCAGGGAAAGUUUACAGAAACUUCUACUUGUUCCCAAUCAUACUUUCAUCCUCAAUCACCAGAGAUCAAGGGACCAGAGGUUUCUACAUCUAACACCAUGCCUGCCACUCAAGACUUACUGUUCGAGGAGGAAACUGAUUCUCAGUAUGCCAUCAUCAAAGGGCAAAUUAGCAAAAUCGAGAGGUUUCUUAGUCUGGACCGGCUCAAGCACACCCGGAAAAGGAAAGCUGACAAUAGCACAACCGAAUAUGUAAUCAAGAUAACACCAACUUAA